AUGAUAUCUUAUAGAAGUCAAACUAUGGACAUGAAACUUAUGACUCGCGCGCUUGAAUAUUUGGAUAUUAUUCACGCAACGAGUCUAGCCAUUUCAAUGCCAGAGCAGAAGUAUGCAACUGAACGUGAACUGCUCCUGAUCCUUGAGCCCAAACAAUAUCUUUACAUUGGCGACCUUGUGGAGCCACUACAAGAUAACCCUAAGAAUUUCGGUCUUCAAUUCAGCUACCAGACUCAACCAGCCCCAUUUUCUCCAAGAUAUAAAUUCCACCACCCCAAGAUUGUCAUGCCGUCAAAUGAAUCACCUUCAUUCUCUGUCAUCGUUUAG